ACCUCUUCAAAGCAGGAAUUGUUUGGACCAUAGAGAAGCUGUUGACCCCUGGAGACACAUGACCUUGACGUCCUGGCUGGCUUGAGAACAGAGCUAGCUGUGUCAGAGGGUGAGCUCACCACACGACGGGGAGAGUGGGUAACUGACCGCUCCAUCGCCACAGACGAACGGUACCAACACGGGGUGACACACUCACAAGGCCAGAGGAAAAGGAGGACAAGAGAAGAAUCGUUCAGAAGGACCUGUAUCUGGUUUUGUGCUUUCCGUGGGUUGUAAUAAUAAGGCUCUAUGGGCUAGCAGAGGGAUCUGGCCAUGCCUGUUGCCGUUCAUAAAAGAAGCUGGGAGGAUCAUGUGAUCCCACGCACAGGAUUACAGUACAGCUAUGAUGACCUAGACUUGGUCUGCUGCCAUGUGCGGUACAGGCGUGGCAGGUGUGCCUCGAUGCCCGAGUGUGGUCAUCGCCAGCCUUGGACUUUAUCCUGCCCUGAAAAUGGUAGUGGAGAUGGAAUGAAAAGGAUGGAGAAGAUAGUACAGAAGUUUCAGGGUGGAUCUCAACCUAACUGCGAUGGUGCAAAGGGCCGAACAUUGAUGCCUGGCGAUACUGUCAACGAGACAGCACGGCACAAGAGUGACCAAGAUAGUAGGCUACCUUCAGACAACUUGGCAGAUCAAGAUGAAUUGCAGUGUUCUGCUUCGGGAAAUUUGCAAGCUCACAAUGGAGAUCCAGAUAAUAAGGAACUAAACAAGGAUAAAGUAUCUUCUCCCCAUAGCCUGACACAUUCUGUGCCUACUACCACAGUAUUGGCUCAAACAGAGGGAACGAACGAUUUAUCAUCUGAGUUAAAGGACAGUAUCUCCUUAAACAAUUCUUUCAAAGUUGACUGUUCUGAGCUGACUUCUACCAAAAGUGGAACUUCUGUAGAAAAUAUAGAAUCAUUAGUGAAGGUCACUGUGAGUAGUCAGAUGUUACUUGAGCACAUGAGUGUCACAAGCGGAAUUACAGACAUAACUAAUAAACCUCCCACCUCUGACUCACAACAGAAAUCUGCUGACCAACACAUUAUUGUGGAAGGACAUUGUUGUGAAAUGUCUGAACAGACGAUUUUAACAUCUGGCAAAGUUGAAUGCUCAUGCACAGAUGAAACUAUGAUCCCAAACUUUUUAUCAUCGUCAACUUCUCAAGAAACUCAUCACAUUCCAGAAGCUAGCUUAGAUGCUAAUAAAGCAAGUAUAGUGUGCAAACAUCACAUAGUGACUCAAAGUCUACAAGACAAUGCAAAUCAGGGUGAUGGCAUUUUUAAAUGUCCUGAUCAUGUGGUGUUAAAGGAUGGAAGUUUUAAAACACCUGCUUGUGAAACUUUUCAACUGGAACCAUCUGGGAAAACUGACACAAUGGAGACAUGGCAUGAUUGUUCCUCAAAACUCCAGACCAUCCAUGAGGGGUCCUUUCCUGAAUCUGGAGAUGAUGCUUCUGCUCAGAUAUCGGCAGAGAUGCCAGAACAUUUAACAUGUACAGACUCAAACACCAAUAACUGUGAGAAUUUGACAAACUCAGAGGAUCAAAACUCAAGGCUAAAGGAGACAACUAGAGGAGAUCCUCAACCUGAGGGACUCUAUGAGGAACUUCAGAGAUAUCAAAAUACAAAUACAGCCAAGGAACCUGAGAUUGACCCAAAAGCUGAAAGUUCCCUUGUCAAGCUUCGUACAAGCAAGAGCUCACGGGAGGAGAGGGAGAAGGAAAGGUCACGUUUGGACUCCAUGGUUCUGUUAAUAAUGAAGUUGGAUCAGUUGGACAAAGAGAUUGAAAAUGCUCUAAGCUCCUCCCUCAGUGGCACUCCCAAUUUAAAGAGGCGGAUCAUCUCUGAAGUUGAUUUAGAACCGCUGGAUUCAGCAGGAAGUCUUUCAGUCUCCUCCCAGUCUCUAAACACCCCACUUUAUCGCUCUUCAUCAUCACUGUCCUCUUCAGGACCCUCUGGAACUUCUGGGGCUAGACCAAAAAAUGAGACCUCUGCUGUACUUUCUGAGAAAGACAGAGCAGAAAUAGAGGCGAAGGAGGCAUGUACAUGGCUGAGGGCUGCAGGUUUUCCACAGUAUGCUCAGCUUUAUGAAGAUGGUCGGUUUCCGAUUGAGAUUUCAUCAGUUACCAGAGAUCAUGACUUCUUGGAUCAAGAUGCUAUAGAAGCCUUGUGCAGGAGACUGAACACCCUAAACAAGUGCGCUCUUAUGAGAUUAGAGAUCACCCCUCAAAGAAAGAGAAGUGAGGACUCUGAUGAGGAUGAGCCAUGUGCCAUAAGUGGCCGUUGGACUUUCCAGCGUGACAGCAAGCGUUGGUCCCGUCUGGACCAGCUGGACCUGGAUGUAUUCUCCCCUCCAGCUGGAGAUACUGGCCCCUUCACUCCCUUCCUUUCCCAAGAUGAGCGUUUUGCCAGAGGACCCCUUCUAAAGGAGGGAGUUAAUGCUAGUGCUGAGAGCAUUUUGACGGAUCUUAGUGAGCAGCCAGAGGUGGGUUCUCUGCACAGCGCUGGUAGUGGAGGUCGAGGUGGGUCCCUGAGUACCACCGUACCAUCCAGUCCUGCAACAACCAUCUCCAAUGUUAACACAGCCACCACAACCAGGGCGAGCUCAGUUGCUAGCGUUUGCUCCUCUGGAACGUCGGGUGCCAAUGAAGACUCCCUGUCUGAUGGGCUUCCAUCGCCGCUGGAACGCGGCAGCUUUCCAUUUGAUCUAAAACCAAGCUUGAUAGGUGGUGGCGCUGAAAAAAGCACACGUUCAAGAGCAAAGAGCUUCUUGAAGCGCAUGGAAAGCUUGCGGCUACGCACCAGCAGCAAUGCAGCCUCCAAGCGCAAGAAGAAAGCUGUAGCUGGGCAAGGCAGGCUUGAGAUCAGUGGGCCAGUGCCGAAAGAGGGUCUUGACGAAGACAAACUGCGACGCCUCAACUGUGUAGACAUUGCAACUCUGGAUCGCAAUGCAAACCGAAACAUCUCCUAUUCAACGCAGACAAGCAGUGGGAGUGCAGGGAGUAGCCAGUCAGAGGCCAGCAGUGGGAGCGCUGUAAGUACGCCCAGUCCGGUCUCAAGAGCACGUAGUCACAGCACAGCAGCUGGGUCCACCAAGAGAGGUGGUAUGUAUCUGGAAGGCUUCGACCCAUUUAAUUUCGUUGUGCUGAAACCUUCGCUAGACCAAGAAGGAAAGCAGAACCACCAGACCCAAAGUAAGAGGAUGGAGCCCAGCUCAACUGCCGAGAACAAUCGACGCAACCGUCAGAGUUCAGAUAAUAGACAGACGGAGGAAGAAGAGAGUCGAGAAGAGGAAGGAGGUGUAAUCUUCUUUUAUUUGCCUGAAGGCCACAAGCCUGGCACUUUUCCUAAAGCACUUGCGGAUGGAGGAUCCUAUCGUAGUGGCGACAACAACUUAAGUCGGCGCCCACCCCGGAGGGGCUCUGCCACCUCACUAGACAGUCGAUUGAGUGUCUAUGAUAAUGUUCCUUUCUCAGAAGUGGGAGAUGAUGAAGACGAAGCAGAAGGAGAGGAUGAGCCAAAACUUGAGGACGUGUUGGAGCGAGUCAGUGGCCUGCAGCAACUGGUCAAUGCCUGGUCAGAAACAGGAACUGGGGAAGAAGAGGAGGAUGAAGAGGAAGAGGAAGGGGAUUCAGAUUCAGCCCUUGAUUCUGCAUCUCCUUGUCCAUCAUCCCCACUGCAGAACCACUUAGAAGAGACAGAGAAUGGAAGUGACCAGGACAGCACUGGAAACCCGCUAGCAGAAAGGGAUGAGACACUCAGCUCGCGUGAAAGAUGUGACUCUGGUGUGGGAGCAUCACUUACACGAACCAACAGACCUCAGAAACUGCGCUGGCCAAGUUUCCAGAUCUCCCACAGGCCAAGUCUGUCGUCAAGAGUGCUACAAGUUGGAUGUCAGUCAGUUUUGCAGAUGAACCUCCUCCAGAAAUACAGCCUGCUCAAACUUACUGCUCUACUGGAGAGAUACACACCCACCAACAAGCAUGGCUUCAGCUGGGCUGUUCCCAAGUUUAUGAAGCGGAUCAAGGUUCGAGACUAUAAAGACAGGAGUGUGUUUGGUGUUCCACUGCAGGUGAUAGUUCAAAGGAGCGGACAACCCCUGCCUCAGAGUAUUCAGCAAGCCAUGCGUUACCUACGGAGCCAAUGCCUCGACCAGGUGGGGUUGUUUAGGAAAUCAGGGGUGAAGUCACGUAUCCAAGCCCUUCGCCAAAUGAACGAAUCAUGUGGUGCUGGUGGGGGCGGAGUCAACUACGAGGGCCAAUCAGCUUAUGACGUGGCUGACAUGCUAAAGCAGUAUUUCCGAGACCUUCCGGAGCCUCUGCUUACCAGCAAACUGUCUGAUACCUUUCUGCAAAUAUAUCAAUACGUACCCAAAGAGCAGCGUCUGCAGGCAGUGAGGGCCGCCGUGUUGCUUUUACCGGACGAGAACCGAGAGGCCCUUCAGACUUUGUUGUGCUUCCUGAGUGAUGUAACAGCCAGCGUGGGUGAAAACCAGAUGACCUGCACUAACCUGGCUGUGUGUUUGGCACCCUCUCUUUUCCACCUCAACACACUGCGGAGAGAGAGCUCCUCACCCAGGGUCAUGAACAGAAAGAACACCUUGGGAAAACCAGACCAAAGGGACUUGAACGAGAACCUGGCGGCCACACAUGGCUUAGCACAUAUGAUUCAGGAGUGCAGAAAACUCUUCCUGAUCCCAGAAGAGAUGUCAUGCUGUAGGAACUCUUACGUGGAGCAGGGCUUAAGUCCCAUGCGGAUGGAGGUGUUGGUGGAAGACUGUGGGUCCUGUAGCUACCAAAGUCUGCUCAAAGACAGUAUUGAUGCCCUGCUUAAAGAAGCCAAGGACAAAUUCAAAGGUUAUGACAGCUGCUCGACUCCAGAGAACGCCGAACUUGCAUAUAAGAAGGUUCAGGACGGGUCGUCUUUACGGCAGUGGAAAGUGUGCGUGGACGUGCCAGCGCCCGCUGAGGACGUGUUACAGCGGAUUCUGCGGGAACAAGAACACUGGGAUGAGGACCUGUUAGAGUGCAGGACUGUGGAGGCACUAGAGCAUAACACAGAAGUCUAUCAGUACGUCAGGAACUCCAUGGCGCCCCAUCCGCCAAGAGAUCACGUGGUGCUCAGGUCGUGGGUGACAGACUUGCCCAAGGGAGUGUGUGCUUUGGUGUGUGUGUCGGUGGAUCAUGAGAGUGCGGCGGCGCUGGGUGUUCGUACUAACGUUCUGACCUCUCGCUAUUACAUCGAACCCUGCGGAUCCAACAAGAGCCGUCUCACACACAUUUCCAGAAUAGACUACAGGGGUCGUUGCCCUGAAUGGUACAAUAAGCUGUAUGGUCACCUGUGUGCUGCAGAGGUGGUGAGGAUACGAGACUCCUUCACCUGCCUGGACAAAUAAACACACACACACACACACACACACACACACACACACACACACCUGGUGUGCACUUUGACGUUUCAUUUCACCUCUCAACAAACUCUUGCAUUAGAGAGGAAGAUUAUUUUAAACUCCCUUAACACACGAUCUGAGCCCUUAGGUGAUACGGACUGUCAACUGUGCCGAAAUCAACAAGCUACAUUGGUCAAAGUUCUUGCCAUUUUGAUUGCCAUCAAAUGACAAGCCUGAAAGACUGGAAAUAGGCGUUCCUGCUGCUAUGACAUCAUCAUCCUUGACGUCACAACGCUUGACCUUGUUACUGAAUAUGCCAUAGGGUGACUACAUGAGAUGGGAGGUGCUUUUGCUUCUGAGAAGCAAGUAUGUGUGUGUGUAUUUUUGAAUGACUGUGGAAGUGAGCAUAUGAAUAGUGUGUCUGAUGUUUAUGUGUGUGUAUUAUUGACAAAUGAGACAUAUUCUAUGCACUGGCACCCGCUGCAAAACAGUGUUUAUACCUAUUCCUGUGUGCAUCACUGUUACAUAGUAUCUGCAAAGCUGUGUACAGUGCUUUCCUUAUAGAGAAUGGACAGAUGGAUGGAUGAAUGGAUGGACAUGACAUGUUUGUCUAUAGACAAGACAGAAGGUGGUGGCUGGCACACCUUUGAAAGGAAGACAGGAAAUGUGUGAUGGAGAAAAAGAAGGUUCCAACAGCACCAAAACCAAAGCUGAGACCAAUAUACCGAUGGACCAAUUCUUCAGGAUUCCACACAGGACUCCAAAGAAGAACAUACAGUUUACUCACCUCGAGGCCUGUGAUUGGUCGAGAUCAUUGCUGCAAACCAAUUAAAUUCAUGUGAGCUCAACAGUCUUGGCCAUUUAACAUCUCUAGUCCUGGGAAAAGAGCCUUACGAAAAAACUGAAAGGAUAGGAAAAGUUUUUUGUUUGGGUUGGAUGUUCAGGUUUGAUUAUAGGGGCUACCAAGCCGGAAACUUUGUCAGAGAAUGGUAGAGAAUGUAUGAGGAGAAGUGAUGUCUGUUUGUUUUUGUCAGUGUUAACCAGAAAUGAAGUAAAAGUCUAAAAUUGUAACAAUGCUUGCAUUUACACUUAAAUAUAACCAGGCCUGCGGUCACACAGCGAAUCAGAGUAGGAGUGCUGAAAUCAUCCAACACAGUUCUUUCUGACGUGAUGAGUCCAGUAUUCCUAUUGAGGCGCUUUAUGACGGACGGUCCUGGGUUUGAUGUCUCGAUUUAUUACUACUUACGUGCCUGUCCACGGCGGUGUAUCAUAAACGUGUGUAAAUUAAGCGUAUGCUGCCAAACAGAGAAUAACGCAUGACAAUGACAGUUAAUUUAAACGCCUCUGUAUUUAUAUCACUCAUAUCUUGUUUUUGUAUGUAUCUUAUUUUAUUGUAAAUGUUACACUCUAAGUUACAGAAAUGAGAAAGUUGUUUAUCUUUUUUAUUAUUAAUGUUAUUUCUGUACAGAUUAAUCAUGGUCAAAAUGCACUAUUAAAUGUAUUAAAACAGCAUGAAUGGCUUCCAUC